ACAACCAGAUAAAGCGGAACAACCUAUUCCCGUUCUUCUAGGACCCCAUAAUCAGGUUCAGUGCGCAUAAAAUAACAAUAUCAAAAAAUUCUGUGUGACCCCCAGUCUGAUGUAGCGUAGAUGACCAGAACCCUCACCUAAUCUGCCUGGUAGAAUGCUGCCCCCGCAUGUGCGCACACACGUCCCGGUGAUGCUGACGCAGUUAGACACAGGCAAUCUGCCUGGGAGGAGCUAGGAGCGCAUUGCGCGAGUUGAGCUGCCGCAGCAGCAGAGUCAGCGAGGGUACGACCGGUACGGCGCGGAAACCGACAGACACAUCGGGGCAAAACGAGGGUGAUCCGAUCCGACAGCGAGACAUCGAGCCUCAGAUUGCGAGAGACUGAGGCGGAUUCCGAGUCAUGCUGUGACCGCGCUGGUGCAUGACAUGUAGACUGUUGCGUCUUCUUCAUACACGGGGAUGAAAGCCGGUGCUAUAUUAGGAGCAACGUCAAUAUAAUUCAUUUAGUAUUAACUUUGCACUCUCGCACUGCGAUUUAAUGCCGACCUAAUCCGCGAGGUGACACGCCCCAUCUUCAAACGUUGAGAAACGAAUCGGUAUUAGAACAGCAUUCUAAAGCAAACCUUACCUUCCGACAGAAAACCAACGGUGUCUGAACGGAAUCUUUCUAUUUUUGCUCCCUAAUUUGUUUUGUCGCCGUGGUGGCAAGAGAGGGUAGAACCAUGACUAAGAGCCCGCUGUAUGUGCGGACCCUUUGCUGAAUUGAUGACACAGGACCAUGGAUACUUGUCUCUAUUUUUGGCAUUCAACUCAUAAGUGUCACAAAUGGAUGAAGAAAUAGACACCCGCAAAAUCAACAACAGCUUCCUCCGCGAUCACAACUAUGCAACCGAAGCUGACAUCAUAUCCACCGUCGAGUUCAACAGUACUGGGGAACUGUUGGCCACCGGGGAUAAAGGUGGGCGUGUGGUGGUGUUCCAGAGAGAACAGGAGAGUAAGAAUCAGCCUCACCGGAGGGGGGAGUACAAUGUUUACAGCACCUUUCAGAGCCACGAGCCUGAGUUCGACUACCUGAAGAGCCUGGAGAUCGAGGAGAAGAUCAACAAGAUCCGUUGGCUGCCACAGCAGAAUGCAGCCUAUUUCCUCCUCUCUACCAAUGAUAAGACCGUGAAGCUAUGGAAGAUCAGUGAGCGAGAUAAGAGACCAGAGGGCUACAACCUGAAGGAUGAGGAUGGCAGGAUCCGGGACCCCAACACCAUUACAUCUCUGCGGGUCCCCGUGUUGCGGCCCAUGGACCUGAUGGUGGAGGCUACUCCGCGGCGGGUGUUCUCCAACGCACACACCUACCACAUCAACUCCAUCUCCAUCAACAGCGACUACGAGACCUACAUGUCCACAGACGAUCUGCGAAUCAACCUGUGGAACCUGGAGAUCACCAACAGGAGUUUCAACGUCGUGGACAUAAAGCCGGCCAACAUGGAGGAGUUGACGGAGGUGAUCACGGCGGCCGAGUUCCACCCCAACCACUGCAACACCUUCGUUUACAGCAGCAGCAAGGGCUCCAUCCGCAUGUGCGACAUGAGGGCCGCCGCACUGUGCGAUAACCACUCCAAAUUUUUCGAGGAACCAGAGGACCCCAGUAACAGGUCCUUCUUCUCCGAGAUCAUUUCCUCCAUCUCGGACGUGAAGUUCAGCCACAGCGGCCGGUACCUAAUGACACGGGACUACCUCACCGUCAAGGUGUGGGACCUCAAUAUGGAGAGCAAACCCUUGGAGACUUACCAGGUGCAUGACUAUCUAAGAAGUAAACUGUGCUCUCUGUAUGAGAACGACUGCAUCUUCGACAAAUUUGAAUGUGUCUGGAAUGGAUCGGACAGUGUGAUCAUGACCGGCUCGUACAACAACUUCUUCCGCAUGUUUGACCGCAACACCAAGCGGGACGUGACGCUGGAGGCCUCGCGCGAGAACAGCAAGCCACGGGCCAUCCUCAAGCCGCGCAAGGUGUGCGUGGGCGGCAAGCGGCGCAAGGACGAGAUCAGCGUGGACAGCCUGGACUUCAGCAAGAAGAUCCUGCACACCGCCUGGCACCCGUCCGAGAACAUCAUUGCAGUGGCCGCCACCAACAACCUCUACAUCUUUCAGGACAAGGUCAACUAGAAGCCUACCCCACCCUACCCCCAACCCACCCUGCUUUAGAGUCCGUCGUACCUCCUCACUCGUUUCUCACUUUCUCUCUCUAUCUAUCUCUCCUGCUCUAUCCCUCUCUUGGCUUCUCGUGUUGACCUCCUGGGAAAGCUGUGAUUGACAGGUGUCAGUCACUCUUGAUUGAGGAGAGGGAAGAGAAGACUAGGGGAGCAGGGGGGGCCUGGUUUGCCAGCUCGUGCUGCAUUGUGUAAAUGUAAAGGGGUGGACACUCUCGUCCCCCCUUAAAACAAAAACAAUAAAAGAAAAAAGAAAAAAAAGAAAAACAAACAGAAAACUGAACAAAAAGACUGGGACUACCAUGGCUGUUGCCUCUUCUUCUUUCUUCCUCCUUUUAUUUUUAUUUGAUUUUUUGUCCUCCAUUUUUGGUUUCCCAUGUAUCCCUGCCCCUUCCCUUUCCCAUUUGUAGGUUUGGGGCUGGACAUGAGUUGCAAGAAGAUGAUACCGGUUACCUUCAAAGUUCCUGCGUUUAGAAAACUGGACUUGUUUGACUGGAUCAGGCCAAGCUUGAUGGCUUCAAAAAGCUCAACUUAACUCAACUUGAAUUGAAUGUGGCGAACAAUGAAACGAGUGGAAUGUUUUUUUUUUAAAUGAGUUAUCAUUUGAUUUUGUUUGUCGCUGCAAAGCUGGUUUGAGAGCUUGACGUGUCCGAGACCCCUUUCAGAACCUCUCCCCCGCCCUCCUGUGAAGCUGUUUAUUAUUUAUUAUUUUAUUUAUUAUUCUCUUGACUCCUUGGAGAUGUAUGUACUGUACAAGCGCCUGCAGAGGGUUGGGAUAUGCUACGAGAUAGGAUUGAUUUGAGAGAAAACAAAAACAAACAAAAAAAUGUAGCAAUGAUCUGCUUUUGUUCUAUAAUUUUUCUAAAGAAAUAAAAAAUGUAUGGUACAGUUA